AUGUCUCUUUUCACAACGAUGAUCAGCAAUGGACCAACUAGUCAUUUCAUAAAUAAAUCUCAAUUAAAUGUAUUCAAGUUGAAAAAUUUCACAAUCAACGAUGAUCAAAAUUUGUUAACCAUCUUUGAAACAAUUCGUAUUUUAUCCUCGAUAUGUUGUGUAUUGGGUGUUUUAGGAAAUUUAGCAUUGAUUUAUAUCAUUUUUAAAACAUCUUUUCGUCAUGUAAGUUAUGGACUAUUGAUUGGUACAGUUGCAUUUUUCGAUUGUAUUCGUUUAUUUUCCUCAAUAUUCUAUUAUUUUCUAUUUGCUAAUGUCGUUCCUUUGAAUUUAUUCACGAAAUUUAUUUAUAUCGCAACGGAUCGUUAUCCAAUAUUUGUUGUUAACUGGUGCAAAGUUUUGAUGGCAAUUGAGCGUCUCCUCACUGUUCGUUAUUGGGAACAUCAUACACACCUUGAUUGGCGUUCGAAGCACAAACGCAAACAACAUCGUCAAUUCAUAAUUUUGAUUGUUUUCAUCUUAAUCUCAGCACUUGUAAGUCAAUAUCCAUAUUAUUUCACUCAACGAUAUAAAUCUAUUGAAAUUAAUUAUAAUUAUUUUAUGGUUGUUAUGAAAACAAAUGAAAAAUAUCUUUUUGGAUUUAUAAGAUUUCACGAGAAUUUAUUUCGAAUUAUUUCACUUUUGAUUCUUGAUACUUCAUUACCUAUCGCAAGUAUUUUAUUAGUAAAUAUUCUUUUGUUGAGAGAAAUUCGUCGAUUACCAUUAUCCUUACAAGUCAAAGUUAAAGAAUCGAUUGGAAUUUUACUUUUUUUAACGAUUCUUUCCAUUGCAAUUCUUCCCCGAGCAUUUCUCACUUUUUAUAUUUGUCUCAAAUUUGAUCGAAAUGAACUUUUCCAUAAGAAUUAUUCAAUCUUUUUCUACAUUUGUCUAGGAUUUGAAUACUUUAAUCAUGCAAUAACUGGUUAUGCGUGUUUUCUUCAAUCAGCAUUACUUCGUAGUGAAUUGAAAAAUAUGAUUUGGACAAGAUACAUUGCACCACAAAUGCAAUAA